ACCGUUGCUGUUUUUCCCCCUUUCACUAUCGAGACGUAACGAUGAUGACGAUGUCGCUGUGGGCUCUGGUAGCGCUGCUAGUGGCGACAUCCACGCAGGCCUUCGAGAUCAGCGGCACCGUGUACCCGCAGGGCUCCGUGACGGAGAAGGUGGAACCGCUUAAAGUGCAGCUAAACGGCGGGGAACAGACGGCAUUUGUGCGUGCGGACGGCUCCUUCCUGUUCCGCGACCUGGAGCCCGGCCGCUACGUGGUGGACAUCCCGUCGACGCAGUUCCUCUUCAGCCAGUACAAAGUGGAUGUGGCAGCAGAUGGACUCAUCCGCGCACUCGAGUACAAGUACCCUGGUGCCCCCAAGGCGCGCGCCACCUAUCCGCUGAUUGUGGAGCCCGUCAAACAGCUCGACUACUUUGAACAGCGUGAGAAGUUCAACAUACUGGGCCUCAUUAUGAACCCGUCGUUCCUGACAAUCGUGGUGCCUAUCGGUCUCUUGUAUAUUCUGCCCAAACUGUCGGAGGGAAUGGACCCGGAAGAGAUGAAAAAGGCACAAGAGGAAAUGGGAGCUACAGACCCAUCGUCACUGCUUGCGGGGAUGCUGGGUGGCGGUCAGACCAACGCCGACGAUAGUGACGACGAUUAAGACAACGGAGCUUUAGUGACAGACUCUGCUGGGUUUCCUGUUGUGUAAUAGACUAGUUUGUCUUUCUUC